AUGGAUGCGCUUAAAAAAAUUACAAAUAGAAAUAAAUCUAUUUAUGUCAGUAAUGUUAACCAAGAGACAGACUCUUUAUUAUUCGAAUUAAAUAAUAAUGCUGAGCCGUUCUUUGCUCAUCAACUUUCUGAUUUUUCUGAUUCUCAAAAAUCAUCAAAUAAUAAUGUAUCGAUUCAAAACACUAAUAGUAUUGGUAGAAGAAUCGCUUUAAAUUUUCCAAGUUUGGGAUUAUGUUAUAAAAUGCCGAGCUUAAAUAACUGGACUUCGAAGCCCAAAAG